AUGCUUCGUCGACGCGUUUGGGCGAUCGCGUGCGCGCUUCUCUUGGGCGUCCUCCUCUUCGCGCCGACGCGCGCGUCCGCCUCCGGCGCGGACUGGGACGACGACGACGAGUUCGACGCCCCGCCGGCGAGAGCGUCGAAGGACGACGCGUCAAGAGCGCCUCUCGACGCGGACGACGCGUCGCCGCCUCCGUCGGACAAGCGCGCGUCGCGCGACCGCGCGUUCAAAGGCAAAAUGCGCGAGCGCUACGGCGACUACCCGCCCGUGUUCGAGUGGAAGUACGAGCUCCUCUUCCCGCUCCUCAUCGCGGGCUACCUCGCCUUCUACGUCGUCGGCGACCGGAAAAAUCGCGCGAUCGUGCGCGCGUGGGAGGAGGCGCACGCGCGGCCCGACGGCGUCCUCAUGAAGAACUUCGCGAUCGUCGGCGCGGGGCCCGAGGCCGGGGCGGGGCCAUAUAAGGGCUCGAUGUUCACCAGGGAAGGUCCGGACGAGUACCGCCUGUACGCGACCGGGCGGCGGUUCGUCAAGGCGGCGGUGGUCACGCUGAAGAUGCGCAAUCGCACCGAUCCGUUCGCGCUCUUCUUCCGGUACCUGGACUCCAAGAACAAGACGCCGACGCUGCCGCCCGCGGACCCCCACGACACGUGCGUCGUCGAGUGCGUCAUGCGAGACGACGCGGGCAUCUCGCCCGGAUGCGGCUUCGCGUUCGGCACGACGCGAGGGAUGGCGAAGCUCGAGAAGGUCGCCGACGACGUCGCGCGUCUCAUGUCCGUCGCCGUCGUGAAGCACCGGGACGGCUCAGGGCCGCUCGCGGGGACGAAGAAGACGUCGAACGCGGUCGUCGUGAAGGCCGAGAGCUCCGAGCUCGCGAGCGACGUCGUGUCCGACGUCGUGUGCGAGCUCGCGCUCGGGGAGGCGGCCGCGAGCUCGACGCACGGGAAGCACUUGCUGCACGCGCACUGCGCGAACGAGGCGACGACGGCGGAGUACAACCGCCUCGGUCUGACGGGGUCGUGGACGAUUCGGUUCGCGUUUCGCGUUCCGAAGCGCGUCACCGCGGACGCGAUGCGGGAAGCGCACGGCGAGCUCUUAAAGCUCGUGCCGCAUCUCGUCGAUCGCGUCGCGAGGGUGCGGCUCAGCGGCGCGCAGAAGGAGCUCGCGGAGAAGCGUCGCGCGCGGAGGAGAGAGGAGGACGCGUCGAAGAAUCGCAAGGAGAAUCAGGCGCGUUCUGUACACUGGUCCCCAUACGACCCCGUUGGCGUGGUGAACGCCGAUCCUUAA